UUUGCUGCCCACCAUGAGCAUAUGAGGCAGAUGCUGAGGGGCUUCUCGGAGCCCUUUGGAAGAGACCCAUGGCUGAGCCUCACAGAUGGAGCAGAGGGAACUCACCAGGACACACGGCUGGUCCCGAGGGGGCAGCGCAGGGGAACAAGCUACUCCCUCAUGCCCUUUGCAGGCUUUGGGAGACGGGAUGCAGAUUUUGGGGAUCCAUUUUCUGCAAUGGACAGGAUGAUGUCAACCAUGAGGAACAGCAUGCUGGAAAUGCAGAGGAAAUUUGAUGACCUGUCCUUCCACCCAGAUGCUCACACAUUCAGCUCCUCCUCUGUGAUGACGUACUCCAAAGUAGGGGAUGAACCUCCAAAGGUUUUCCAGGCCUCAACCCAGACCCGCACGGCCCCGGGAGGGGUUAAGGAGACAAAGAAAGCACUGAAGGACUCUGAAAGUGGCCUGGAGAAAAUGGCCAUCGGUCACCACCUUCAUGACAGAGCUCAUGUCAUUCAGAAAUCCAAGAACACCAAGACUGGUGAUGAAGAAAUGAACCAAGAAUUCAUCAACCUGGAUGAAAGUGAUGCUCAGACCUUUGAUGAGGAGUGGCAGAAAGAAGUGAUGAAGUUCAGACCAUCCAGAGCCAGAAGCGCUUUAGAAGCUCCAAAACACAAAAGUAUCCACCACAUGCCCAAGGAAGAUGGAGCAAGAAGGGAGAAGCCUCGUGCCAUCACUGGUCCCAGAGAUUCCUUGGAGAACCUCGGUGUGAAAGGAACACAUGUCCCCACCAAAAGCAGCAGGAAAUAA